AACCCAACUAAAUCAUCCUAACCCCACAUCCGCCUCCCCCCGCUUUGUGCUGCUGAGGGAGGGAAGAUGGCGGCGCGGGCGGGUUUCCAGGCUGUGGCUCCGAGCGGUGGCGGUGGCGGAGCUGGCCCUGGGGCGGGACCGCUGGGGCCGGGAGCCGCUGGGCCUCCUGUUCGGAUGGGCCCGGCCCCUGGACAGGGAAUGUACCGCUCUCCUCUGCCCGGCGCCGCAUACCCGCGCCCUGGCAUGCUGCCUGGCAGCCGCAUGACUCCUCAGGGACCUGCGAUGGGACCUCCCGGGUAUGGGGGGAGUCCUUCCGUCCGCCCUGGGAUGGCUCAGUCAGGAAUGGACCAGUCUCGCAAAAGGCCAGCACCUCAGCAGAUCCAGCAAGUUCAGCAACAGGCUGUGCAGAACCGUAACCACAAUGCCAAGAAGAAGAAGAUGGCAGAUAAGAUUCUACCUCAGCGGAUCCGGGAGCUAGUUCCGGAGUCUCAGGCAUACAUGGAUUUGUUGGCGUUUGAGAGGAAGCUGGACCAGACCAUCAUGAGGAAGAGGCUGGAUAUCCAGGAGGCCUUAAAACGGCCCAUUAAGCAAAAGCGGAAGCUCCGCAUCUUUAUCUCCAACACCUUCAAUCCAGCCAAAUCGGAUGCGGAGGAUGGCGAGGGCACGGUGGCUUCCUGGGAGCUGCGAGUGGAAGGGCGACUGCUAGAAGAUUCUGCUCUCUCCAAGUAUGAUGCGACUAAGCAGAAGAGAAAGUUCUCAUCCUUCUUUAAGUCUCUGGUGAUUGAGCUGGACAAGGACCUCUAUGGCCCAGAUAAUCACUUGGUUGAGUGGCAUAGGACUGCCACCACCCAAGAGACGGAUGGUUUCCAGGUGAAAAGACCUGGAGAUGUCAAUGUGCGCUGCACUGUUCUCCUGAUGCUGGACUACCAGCCUCCACAGUUCAAACUGGACCCACGUCUGGCUCGCCUCUUGGGGAUCCACACUCAGACACGCCCGGUCAUCAUCCAGGCGCUGUGGCAGUACAUCAAGACACACAAGCUUCAGGACCCCCAUGAGCGGGAGUACGUCCUUUGUGACAAAUACCUCCAGCAGAUAUUUGAGUCUCAGCGGAUGAAGUUCUCCGAGAUCCCCCAAAGGUUGCAUGCUUUGCUUAUGCCUCCAGAGCCAAUCAUCAUCAACCAUGUCAUCAGCGUUGAUCCAAAUGAUCAGAAGAAAACUGCCUGCUAUGACAUUGAUGUGGAAGUGGAUGAUACUUUGAAGACCCAGAUGAAUUCUUUCCUGCUUUCCACGGCCAGCCAGCAAGAGAUAGCUGCACUGGAUAACAAAAUCCAUGAGACCAUAGAAACCAUUAACCAGCUGAAGACCCAGCGAGAAUUCAUGCUGAGCUUUGCCAGAGACCCCCAAGGCUUCAUCAAUGACUGGCUGCAGUCCCAGUGCCGGGAUCUAAAGACUAUGACUGAUGUUGUUGGGAACCCAGAAGAGGAGCGCCGAGCUGAAUUCUACUUCCAGCCAUGGGCUCAGGAGGCUGUGUGCAGAUACUUCUACUCUAAGGUUCAACAGAGACGGCAAGAGCUAGAACAGGCUCUGGGAAUCCGCAACACCUAGACAGGCCUGCCUCUUCCCUAGCCAGCAGAUCUCAAGGCUACCAAACACUGCAGGGAUUCACUGCUCAGGCCUACGCCGUUCCCACUCCAGCACAGAACCUCCCACUGCUCUCCUGCCGACGUCCUCUCUUUCUGCUGCUGCAUGCCCUGUUUGGGGACUGUAGUCAGCCACCAGGCCAAAGGUCUUGCCUUUCAGCCUUGGCCUCCUUCCUCAUUGGUUGCCUUUGGAGCCUCAGGGCUCUCCUGUCCUGGCUCUAGCUGAAGCUCUUCCACACUCAGGACAGCUUCAGUUUAGAGCCUUGCAAGCUCAGGACCUCCUUGCCAGUCCCUAGGCCCUCCACCUCCUCACCCAUCCCCAAAGCUGUGGGGGCUGGACAGCUCUUCUGCACUUGCCAGGUGGACACAGGUCUGGGUGUGUUUGAUUUUUGGCCAGGCCCAGGGUGAGGGGCAGCAGGCAGCAGCACUGCAGUGAGUUUCGCUUGCUUUCCGGCCUUUAAGGUGAGGGCUGCUCUGCAGAUUCAUCUCUUGGGGAAAGUUGGGCUCUUCCUCUGUAUGUGGCUUUCUCACUGGAAGCUAUAGUGCUGGAAAAUUGGCAAGGAGUCUGCAGGGUUGUGGCAGUCUGGCUGACCUGACCAUUUUAAUGGGAUGGCUGGUGGAGCUGUCAGACAAAGCCUUGGGUCUAUUUGGGGGCCAUUGUGCUAAUCCCAAAUCACUGUCUUUGUGGGGGGUGAGGGGAGCAUCUCCAUCCCAACCUUCACUCUUCCCUCCCUUCUCCACAACUCUCGGGUCACACACAAGUUGGCAGAAGGGCUCCUUCAAGAGGCCAUUGCUCUCCUUUUCCUUCCUCCCCUGAUGGGCACAGAGCAGGUUUCUGGGGCAAAUUGCAGAGUGGGGGAUAUGUAUGCAGGUGUGCUUGACCCUAGAGAAUUGCACCCUAAUGGUGCUGAUCAGCAAAACUAACCAUGCUCACUUUUGACACAUUUCUCCAGCACUUGCUGUUUUCUGGGGCAAGGAAUGGAUCUGCUGCUGAUAGAUUUGGGGGACUGUAAUGCAGCGGUACAGGUCCCAGCUGGUUGUAUGUCGACACUAGUAGCUGCACAAAAUCAAGUGACUGACAAGGCCCCUUCCUCUUCUGCCUCUGGACUGAGGCUGGGGACUACUGUAAGUCCAGGUGGCCCAAUACCCUUCCUGUCUUGUCUUGGCCAUAUGAAAGACCACUUCGCCCUCUUACUCCCCCCCCCCCCCCGCUUUGUGGUACUGGGGAGUAGAACCCUAGUGCUGUCUGUAGCUGCCACAGGCUCUCAGGACAAGUAUAGAUGAAGGAAGCUCAGAGUCUGACUGGCUCGGCAAAGUAGCUGUUUUUAACUGCUCCCUAUUAUUAUGCUUUGUGUUUGUGGUUCUUCCCCUCCCCACCCUGUGCCCUUGGACCAAAUUUUUUUUGUACUGUACCUUUUUGGAUGUCACCCAAUUUUAAUAAAAGCUGCCUCUAAAUUAA